AUGCGUCCCUGUGACUUUGCACUCCUGUCUUGUGCUGCUUUCGCUAAUGUGGUCUCUGAAUAUGCGGAAGCAUCCGAUUUCGCGGUGAACAGCAUGGGUGAUAUUCGUGACGGUGAUGAGCAUCACGAUCGCAAUGUUCACUAUCCGUGGGCGACCAAACGAAUCGACUGUGGUGAGAGGAUGAAUGCUGAGCCAGUGCUGGAAGUUGUGCAAGCGCUGAAGUCCGUGGUGAGAAAGGAAGCUCCUUUGGAAGCUAAAAAGCUACACGAAGUCAGUGCACUUGCUCGAGAGAGCACUGGUAUUGUCGACGCCGUUGAAGCAUCGGGGAAAGUGGUGCCCGAGACGAAGACGGGAAACGUGGGCAACUACAUUCCCAAGACAAGUGCGGUGUACGACCACUUGAUGAAAGUUUUUAAUGAGGUCCAAUAUCGGAACAUUCUUCUGACAAAGAUGCUAAACUCCAUUGCUCUUGAUGAACAACUGGAAGUGGAACGACGGCUCGUCUCAUUUAUGGAAAAAUCGGACCCGAUAGAAAAUCCUCUGGAGUCGAUCUUUCCGUUGGUAAAGGAGGAUGCCAAUUUCUUCUCACCAGUGGUCGUCAAACUCCUGAGCGUGCUUACCAAACAACCCCGCGAAUAUACAACUGACGCUAACACCGUCACCGAGGCGCUGCUCGAACGUUUCCGGAACAAUCCUGUCCGAUUUGACAAGGCCAUUAAAGCGGCGGAAGAGAAAAAUCACUUUGAUCCGUUGGUCGUGUCAUCCUGUAAGGCAUGGCUGCUUCGUGAGCACCCUGGUGUCGCAAAACCCGUAGUGGAUUCUCAAUAA